CGUCUGCUGGUGUGCAAGAGCCCUCGGCAGAAGGGAAGGUGUAUUCGGCUGGGCCUGAACGGCGCUUUGCUCACACCUUCAGCCUCGUCUGCUCGUCUGCCCCGUGCACUCGUUUGCCCAUUCUGUACCGGCCGGCCGACACUACUUUAUAAAACGUGCUGUCCAGUCCGCCAUCUUGCAGUACCAUCCAGUACCGUCUUGUUGCAUACACACUCGGCUCGACUCAGACCGGAACGGGUACGGGGCACCCGCUGCCUCGGCUGCUGCUUCGACCGAAGCCGGCCGGCGAGUCGGUCGGUGAGACUCGAAGACGACGUCCGAAGAGGUGUGGUGAGUGGAGCAGCUUUUUCACUUGUCUCUCACGCAUAA